GCAGUAAAAUACGUACUUCUCAUACAAUUACCCUCUUAUAGUAUGCCGCAGGAAUAUUAUUUCUCACCCGUAAGAAAGUACUCGAAACUAUCAGGGUUGUUCCUUAACAAAGAUGUUAGCAAAUAUGAGAGCAUGAUUUCCGUUGCUAUUAUGUGCUAUUUCUACAUUUUUGUCGUUUGCAAAAUCCUUGUAUUCUUUGAAGAUGUCGGCGUGUCUAACAAUAUGCAAGAUAUCGUAGUAUUCUUCGUCUUUACUAACGUAAUCCCACAUUCCACAAUAAUUAGACUUAAACGACUGGAUUUGGUAGAAUUGAUGAGAAUGGCUGAGGAGAUCUACGUUUGCGAGAGCGAUGCCCUAAAUGCCUUUUACGAAAAAAUGAACAAACAGGCGGCUCUUGUGCAAAAGUUGGUGUGUCCUUUUGGAAUCGGUGUUGUCGUACUAGCGUUUCUCAUGUGGUUUGUGACUGGAAAUGAAGAUCCAUUACCGUUUGGACUAAUGCCUUCCUGGGCGAUGAGCUACAGUCUUAUAGGUUGCGCCUUCUGGGAAGUUCUUACCUCUCUUUUUUUAUCACACGAGUACACGAUAUGCAUGGGAAUAAAACUAUGCGUUUUAGUACAUCUGUAUGAGCACUUCACACAUUUGAAAGCCGAAAUUCAGAGUCUCGACGAAGACUGUCGAGAAAGGCGCUCUGAUUCGCAUUAUCUCCAGAACCGACUAGCAAGCAUAUCAAGGUAUCACGCCUCCAUUCGGGCCCUCGCUCAGAAGGCAGACGCCACCUUUAAUUUAUGCCUUCUAUCCAUUUACCUGAACUGGUCAAUUUUCAUAUGCACUUGUUUGCUUCGUAUCGGCUACAUUCAGCUGUUCAGCGGCGAAUUCUGGUAUUUGGUUAUCUACUUAAGUGCGGGAUGCUCCCUGCUCUUCGGGGACUGCUUCUCCACGCAGAGGGUGAUAAACGAAAGCGAAACCGUUGGAGACGCUUGCUACCAAAUCGAUUCCGUCGGAUGCGACUUGCAGUUCCAAAAGUCUCUGACGAUGGUCAUUAAAGAAGGACAAGAGCCCGUUGUCUUUACCAUUGAGAAAUUCGGAAAUUUCUCUGUUGGGUCCAUACAGAUUAUUUUAAAAGCGUCGUUCUCCUACUAUACUUUCUUGAGGAGUUUCAGCUGAACGAAGAGCGCAUCAUGGAAGUGAUCUUCAUUGUACUGCACGUAGGCUAAAUAAUUAAUGUUAGAUAUAACACAAAUGCAAUCAAAAAGCUCGUUUCACUACCACCUUCUUAAAAACCAUAAUUAUGCCCUAUCAUGACAAGUCCAAAUCCUGUUCAUUCACAUCGUACCAUUUGGUUUAAUUUUUUGAUUAAACAAACGGUUUCAAAGGUCUCUUGUACCGUGUAAAGAGCAUGUUUCCCCAUGUAUCCUUAUUAUAUGUGUAGGUAAAUAUUAUGAAUUUACAAAAUAAUUGAAGAUCAAUUUUUAUUUACACAAAAAUUGGUUUGGUUUACUCCGAGAGCAAAAUUCAAG